AUGUCUGGGCUUGAAAUAGCUGGCCUUAUCCUGGGGGCAAUACCAGUUGCCAUUGAAGCACUCAAGUCAGGGAGCCAAGGAAUAGCGAUGCUCCAACGGAGCCGCAGGUACGAGAAUGAACUGGAGAGGCUGGUCAACAAACUCGAGAACGAACGCGUGAGGCUUGGAGAUGUGUGUGAGAAAGUUCUCGUCGAUCUUGUGCCUCACUCGCGAAUGGAGGAGAUGAUCCAAGACCCUGGUCGCAUGUUCAACGAUGACCCAGAACUUAAAGCCAAACUUCAAAGGCGAUUGUGGAAAGGCUUUGAUCUCUUCAAUCAGACGCUGAAAGAGAUCAAUGCUGCCAUGAACGAAGCUAUAAACCGUAUUAGUCUCCAGAUCCAAGAUGAGUCCAACAUCAGAAGAUCGCUCAGACACUCGUUCCUUGACGACUUGUUAUCUCGGAUCAAUGAAGGGGUUUUGGUCCUCGAGCAACUCGUGGAUAGGAGCAUACAACUGGAACCAACCAGGAACAGACGUUUGCAAGGGAAAUUUCUAUGUUUCGUACGCAAUUUGGCAUGCGAACUCUCCUGUGCAUUACGAGCCAGCUUCCAUUGCACUUGCGGGCACCAAAUCUGUUUACAACUCGAGAGACGAUCCCCAGACAUGGUCCCUGGUGAUACAGGGGACGAGGCCGCCAAACACAUCGGAUUUCACCUUGCUCUCUCAUACCAAGGGCCUUCUACAAAGCCUGACAUUAUCUCGAGUCGGGAUACGAUGUGGUCAGACGUGCUUGCGAAACCGAGCCUGAUGUCCCGCCCAGAAGCCUUGACUAUUACUAUUCAGCCAAAGCAAAAGGAUCGCCUGAAGGCUUUUAGGGAAAAUAGCAGUCCAAUCUACAGCCGAUCAUUUUCUUCGCCUAUGGAUGGCUCGGCCAAGCUCCAGGCCAACUCUGUCGAGCUCAAGUCAGUGGUCAACCAUCCGCAACGAUCUACUAGAACCGUGGAUCUCUGUAAUAGUAUCACACGGCCCCUUGAACCUGGUACCGAAACAUCCUAUGGUAUGAUAUUCGAUGUGUCAACCCCAGAAACGUAUGCAUACCAUGUAUCCUCAGUUAUUCUCAGCAAAUACCGAGCGCAGUGUGGUAGAACUAUAACAUCGUUGAACGGAGUUCUCGGCCAGAACCGUCAACACAUGAUUCUCUCGGAACAAGACAGACUUAAACUAGCCGUGGUCAUAUCUUCUAAUCUUCUUCAACUUCAUGGAAGUCCAUGGAUGCCGAAAGUCAUCCGCAGCCAAGAUAUCUACUUGAUCCAAAGCGAUGAUGACCCCAUUUGCGAUCGUUUUUUUGUCAUGCAGACUCUGCCAAACAAAACCGGUUCUUGCAUUGAAGAAAACGCUGAGUUGCGCUCCAUGAGGAACCAGGCGUUGUUUUAUCUGGGUGUGCUUUUGAUCGAAUUAGCUUUUGGUAAAUCACUUGAGCUGCUGCGAAGUGCAAGAGAUAAGUCAAGCACUGGCUCUCAAUUCUUUACAGACUACAGGACUGCGAAGCGAUUGGUCGAUCAAGUGACGAGCUUCAUAGGACCAAAUUACGGGAGUGCAGUGUCCAGGUGUAUUGAUGGAGAGUUUCACGGCCGAGGAGUAGGACUAGAGGAUCAAGAUCUAUCACAGGAUGUAUACGCUGGAGUCGUGGCGCUGUUGGAGAAGGAAUUGGAAGGCUAA